AUGAGCUCGCUGAUUUCAGGCUUCAUCGCUGAGGCGGUGCUAAAGCUUCAGCAGAGGGAAACUGAACGAGCCCGUGAGCAGAGAGCGACACGCGAUGCAGCACUGGGGAACAAAUUCCACAAACCGCCUUAUCCAACGUCAUCCAGAGGCGGCACACUGGUACACAACCUGUCGUCAAAGGCACUGACUAAGAAGCAAGUACAGAUUUUACGGCACGAAGCUUCGUUCAACACAGCUGACGCCAAAUCUGUCAACAUAAUUUCAGCAGUGGAAUCGGUCCUUUAUCAGACGGAAGCGGCGGAAAAGACGAAGAACCUCAUCCGGCACCAAGUUUCGUCCCUCCUUAUGACUCACAAGCCGCGCGAAAUACUUCCGAUGUUCAAACGCGAGGCACUAAGAGAACUCAAGGCCAACAAGGAUAUCGUCAUUGUGCCCGCGGACAAGGGGCGUCCCACCGUCGUACUGGACAGAAAAGACUACCUUCAGAAGACCAGAAACCUACUGGAGGAUCGCCAGUUUUAUGUCCCAUGUGAAACCAACCCCGUAAAGACGCUGACACGCGAAAUUAGUGUGACACAGUUGGCACUGGAGAACUCGUGUGCCAAAACACCGACCGACCGACGCAUGGCGAGUGCGCAAUAA